ACGUACCUCCGGAUUCCUCGCAAACACCAUUCACAAGCCUCCCCCGUUAACUUGUCCCGGUUCCCGGAUCCCCUCUAUAAAGCACAAGACACCAACCGGAACCAGGCGCGCGCAGAUAGAUAUAUGGCACAACAACUAAUUAAGCAAUAAGCUAGUGCAUGAGCCUGAGCUCACCAAGCUCGGGACGGCAGGCAGGAAAUUGAGAGCAUAGUUGUUGCAUGAGAGAUCGGGACAUGGAGCAAACGGACGAGGCGUCGGCCAACAAGGGGAGCCCCGUGGCCGGGGAGCAGCAGGGCCUCGAAGACGGAGGCCCGGCAGCAGUGACGUGGCUCCACCUCACGCUAGGCGUCAACAGCUCGCAGCAGCCGGUGGCGGCGGACUCCUCUAAUUCGUCCUUGGACAGCGAGCCACCGCCGGCCAGGACGACAACCCCUCCUUCUCCGGCUCCGUCGAAGCCGCCGCCGCACAAGGUGUUCUCGUGCAACUUCUGCAUGAGGAAGUUCUUCAGCUCGCAGGCGCUGGGCGGCCACCAGAACGCGCACAAGCGGGAGCGCAGCGCGGCAAAGCGCUCGUCCUCCUACCACCAUCACGCUCACUCGUCGCGCCAACACCAGAGGAUGGUCAUGGCCGGCUUGCCGCUCGAGGCGCACGCGGCCAUCAUGCGCGCAGCCCUGCGGGUCAAUCCGGUGAUCCACAAGCAGGCGCCGCUGGCCACGCAAGAUGCCACGGCGCCGAGGUUCCACGACGGUGUCGGCGUGGUUGGCCCUUGGGCGGCGCCGCCGCUCGUCUACGAAGAUGCGCUCCGCUCCACGACGACAUCAUGGCCCGGGAGCUUCAGGAUGAGGACGCAGUCCGAGCCUCCUAGCUCAGAGGAGCAUCCGCCAUCAGAUCAGCAGAGUAAGAAGAUGGACUUGAGCCUCAGGCUGUGAUAUAUUGAUCGGUGGUGAUAAUAGACGUAGAGCUAGCUAGUCGUUUGUAUAAUUAUCUUUGAUCAGCAUGCAUGUAACUAUUGAGUGUCCAAUUCUGAGUUUCUCCUCGCUUCUACUCCCUCCGAUUCAUAAAAGAUGUCGUUCAUUUUGUACUAAGUUAGUACAAUUGCUCUUCUUCUUUCAAGGUCUAGAAUGUUAUUUCAAUAUUCCCUCCGUCAUUAAAGUACUUGACUUUCUAGAAA